CCUUCCCUUCCCCGCCCGCGGCCUCCCGGGUCCCGCUGCAGCGUCAGCCUCGGUCGGGCCUCAGCGGUGGCGGCGGCUCCUCGGCCUCAGCCCCGGCGCCCCUCGGCGCCCCCUCGGCCCCGGCCCGCCGCGCCGCUCGCUCUCGGCCGCCCCGGCGCCGGCCUAGGCCGCGGCCGCAGCCCCGGGCUCGCGUCGGCGCCGCCCGCUCCCGGCCCGCCCCCUAUGGGCCCCGGCUAGAGGCGCCGCCGCCGCCGGCCCGCGGAGCCCCGAUGCUGGCCCGGAGGAAGCCGGUGCUGCCGGCGCUCACCAUCAACCCCGCCAUCGCCGAGGGCCCGUCCCCCACCAGCGAGGGCGCCUCCGAGGCCAACCUGGUGGACCUCCAGAAGAAACUAGAGGAGCUAGAGUUAGACGAGCAGCAGAAGAAACGGCUGGAAGCCUUCCUCACCCAGAAGGCCAAGGUUGGGGAGCUGAAGGACGAUGACUUCGAGAGGAUCUCGGAGCUGGGCGCUGGUAAUGGUGGGGUGGUCACCAAGGUCCAGCACAGGCCUUCGGGCCUCAUCAUGGCGAGGAAGCUGAUCCACCUCGAGAUCAAGCCGGCCAUCCGGAACCAGAUCAUCCGGGAGCUACAGGUCCUGCACGAGUGCAACUCCCCGUACAUCGUGGGCUUCUACGGGGCCUUCUACAGCGACGGGGAGAUCAGCAUCUGCAUGGAGCACAUGGAUGGAGGCUCCUUGGAUCAGGUGCUGAAAGAAGCCAAGAGAAUCCCCGAAGAGAUCCUGGGGAAGGUCAGCAUUGCGGUCCUCCGGGGUUUGGCGUAUCUCCGGGAAAAGCACCAGAUCAUGCACCGAGAUGUGAAACCUUCUAAUAUCCUGGUCAAUUCCAGAGGGGAGAUCAAGCUGUGCGACUUUGGGGUGAGCGGGCAGCUCAUCGAUUCCAUGGCCAACUCCUUUGUAGGAACCCGGUCCUACAUGUCUCCGGAGCGGUUACAAGGCACCCACUAUUCGGUGCAGUCUGACAUCUGGAGCAUGGGCCUGUCCCUGGUCGAGCUGUCCAUCGGAAGGUACCCCAUCCCUCCGCCAGACGCCAAGGAGCUCGAGGCCAUCUUCGGCCGGCCCAUGGUCGAUGGGGCGGAGGGAGAGCCUCCCAGCACCUCGCCACGCCCGCGACCCCCCGGACGCCCCAUCAGUGGGCAUGGGAUGGACAGCCGGCCGGCCAUGGCCAUCUUCGAGCUGCUGGACUACAUCGUGAAUGAGCCGCCUCCCAAACUGCCCAACAGCGUCUUCACCCAGGACUUCCAGGAGUUUGUAAAUAAAUGCCUAAUUAAGAACCCGGCGGAGAGAGCCGACCUGAAGAUGCUGAUGAACCAUGCUUUCAUCAAACGGUCAGAGGUGGAAGAAGUGGAUUUUGCAGGCUGGUUGUGUAAAACCCUGCGGCUGAACCAGCCCAGCACCCCAACACGCACAGCCGUGUGACCAGACUCGGGGCCCCUGCGUCCAGCCGGCGUCCCCGUGGGCCUCCCGCUCCCCUGGCCGAAGACAAGACCAGCCGCUCCUCCGCCUCCACCCGCACCCCUCGGCCCGGCGGGGCGGCCCCCCACGCACGCCAGAACUCUCUCCCGUCCCCUUGCAUCCCUGUCACCGUUGGGGCCGCUCUGGUUUCUGGGGAAGGUGACACUGCUCAGGGGGUCUCGUUGGACCCUGCUUACUUAGGUUUAAAAAAACAACAACAAAAAAACAGGGAAAGAAAAACCAAACUGUGCCCACUGUACUUUUUGUUCCAUUGGUUUUGUUUUUGUUUUUGGAGGGAACCUCGUUUGAUUCCAUCGCGGGGUUGAGGAGCCUUCGGUGAGGACGGCUGUGGAGCCCACUGGGCAGCAGAGAGAAGGAGGGAGAAGAAAGAUGCCCAGGGAGCUAGCCCCCGUUUUCAGGGAUGAGGCCUCGGAGUGAACCCCUGGGCACUGGCAUCCUCCCUAGGAAAGAAAUGACUACUUCAUGUUUCUGAGUCCCCCAGCCUACCCCCCUUUGCCUCAUCCCUGCUUCUUAAUUUGUCGAGAAAAGCUCAGUCACAUCCUUCGCUCUCGUGACGUCCUGUUCCCGUCACCUCCCCUUUCUGGCCACCUCAGCCUGUUACCACGCGUCCUCGGAGAGCAGAACCGGCCUCUUCUCAGCCGCGAGGGACGUGAGGGACACUCCUUUGCCUCCUCGUCCUUCAGGACGCAGAGACUUCUGACUUCUCAUGGGUGGCCGCUGAGCCAAGAAGUCAGCCUGACAGAAAGGAAGCUUGGGUUUCCAGGCGGAGGGUGUGGUUGGAAACCCCAGCAGAUCCAGUAGAUAAGGCCCGGGCUCCCCACGGGCGGGCAACAGAUGUGGGUGGGGGGUGCGCCGUCACCUGCUCGCCCGGCCAAUCCAAAGGGGCCACCCCGGGUGCGUCACUCGGCGUCCCGGUUGCAGGCCGGGCCCCGGAUCCGUUCAGCCGCAGUUGGCUGAAACUGAAAUCAGUCGGCGAGUCUUUUCUUGGCGUCCCUUCGGAAUCAGAAGGACGAGGUUCCCGCCAGGCUCUCCGCUGUGACCUGCACGUUGCCCAAGGUGGGCUUAAACUGAGGGAGACCCCAGGCCCAAGGCAGUUUUCCGGUACAUUCUUGGGCAAAGAAGGCCCCCUGGGCUGCCAGGAAGUAGGAAGUGGUGGAAGGCAGGGUUGUGUGAGGCUUCCCCUCUUCUCUGAAGACGCCCCCCUCAAUACUUCCUGAUAACUUGAAACAAGCUGAUACUCAUCUGUGGGCAAGUUGUGGGCGAAGGGUCCUCUCAGAGGCCCAGGGCCUGCUGCUAGCAAGGAGCUGUCCCUGUGUUCCUGGAGGAGGGGCAGCAGAAGGCAGCUUGUGGUCCUCUGAGAACCGCCUGAUCCUUUUUGUUUUCUUGGAACAACCUUCGUAGUCAACUGUCUUUUUUUUCUGGGGACACUGAAGAGAUGACAAGGUGGCAGCCCCUCAGCUAGCUUUCCGGUUUCUGCCACUUAACAUUUGACCUCCCCUCCGAAGUCUUAAAAAAAAAAAAGAAAAAUUUUGAAGGUGUCGCUUUGUAGAUAGACAAGAUCCCUUGGGAACAUCCGCAGAGAAGG